AAGCCCGGGUGGAAGACGGAUGUCAGGAUCGUUGGCUUUGAGAGGGAGUUUCUGGUUCAUGAUGUUGUUCUGAGACUUAAUUCUGGUUUCUUCAGGAGCGCGUUGGAUGGUAUGGACAGUGGUGGUGGUGGUGGUACUGCGCCGGCGGGAAAUGGAUGGCGGCAUGAGUUCGUGGCUGUGGAUUCGAUGGGAGGAGGUUGGAAUCUGGAAAGAUCUAUUGAGAGACCAAGAACACCCUCCCCAUCGCCAGAUCUCGCACCCAAGGAUCAACAUCACGCACAUUCCGAACAAGACCUCGCUUUCAGCAAACUCCUAUCCGCUUUCUACAAUAAACCCUUCUCGAUAUCCUUCUUCAACGAACUCGUCACCAUCACCCACCUCGCAGACCAUUUCUCCGCGCUCCCCUGCCUAUCGUCCGCUCUCUACGUCGCGCUCUGGCAUUCUCCCGUCCUGGUUCAAGAGAUUAGGACGAAUUGCAAGGAGAUGCUACUCCUGGCGAAGAAAUUGAGACAUGCGUUACUGUUCCGGGAAGCGCUGGUUCAUGUCGUGAGUCGG